GAGAAUAGAUUUUUAAAAAAUUCUUCUACGUGUACUUUUCUGGCUGUAGACCUGGUUUUUUGACUCUAUGGGAAUCAAUUCUCAAGAAACUGUAACUUCUUUAGACCCCAGAACGAAUUCUUAAGCUUCGGGAGGCAGAGAGUGGCUCUUUAGAGUCAGAAGACCGAGGUCUUCCGAGAGGGCGGCAUUGGCGGGAGAAAGUUUGUGGUGCCAGUUUGAGACGUCGUCUGUGAUUCCUUGAGGUUCAAGGUCCUGGGAAUAAUGUGAGGACUCCUUGUUCUUCUAUAAACUGAUGAGACCAAAACAUAGGCCGUACCAGAGUGGUAACAGAAGAAAUCUUGAAAGAAAGCAUUUUGCCUUGUACUUGGAUAGCUGGUAGACCUGUCAUGGCUCCUGUCAAGAUCAGCCACGUGGUAUCAUUUUCCUCUCAGGAUCCCAAGUAUCCUGUGGAGAACUUGCUGACUCCAGACAGUCAGAGGGGACCUUGGCUCAGCUGCCCCCGGGACAAGAGUGGACAACUAAAAGUGGAGCUCCAGCUGGAGAGGGCAGUGCGCAUUAGCUAUAUUGAUAUAGGUAACUGUGGCUGUGCUUUCCUGCAAAUUGAUGUGGGCCGUUCCUCCUGGUCUUUGGACAGACCUUUCAUCACCCUGCUCCCUGCAACCAUGCUAAUGUCCCUCGCUGAUUCAAAGCAGGGGAAGAACCGCUCAGGGGUCCGAAUGUUUAAAGAUGAUGAUUUCCUGGCUCCAGCCUCUGGAGAGUCAUGGGAUCGACUGCGCCUGUCCUGCUCCCAGCCCUUCACACAGCAUCAGCCCUUUGGCCUCGCCUUCCUUCGGGUGCGUUCUUCUCUGGAUGCCUUGGGUGACCCUGUGAUGGGUCCUUCAGCACCUGUAAGCUCUGGGCAGAGCCAGGGCUCUUCUGGUGCUCAGGAGUCUGAUCCUAGCCCCUGGCUGACCAUUCCUUCCAUCCGGAGGACAUUCUUCCCAGAUCCCCCAGCGAACAAUAAGGAGAUGUCAGAGCUCAAGGACUUCCUAAAGCAGCUUCAGCCAGGGGCCCUGGGGCGUUCAGCCCGCAUGGUGCUUUCUGCUGCCCGCAGGGCACCUUCAGCCAGUUUGGCAAGCCCAAAGAACAACCACACAGACCCGGGUCCCAGGGAGCCAGAGAGUACAGAGCCCAGAGCAGAGGAGCAAAGCUCAGAGAACAAUGGGGGCAGGAAGAAGAGACGGAAAGUACAGGACCAAAGAUCUAUGGCCAACUCAAACUUUCAAUCAAAAAGGAGAACACCAAGAACAAGGCAAGGAGCACACCGCCCCCAGUCCCAAAACAGUGGUGUCCAUGAUAGGGGACGGUGCCCCAUCUGUGCAGGCUCCUUCAGCACUGAAAUUCUCCCUCUGCACGCUGCCACUUGUGGAGAGACCUCCCGACCUCCCGCGGCUCCUCCCUCCUCCUCACUGUCUUCGUCCUCAUCUGUACUGUGGGUGUCCUCCCCCAAGAGCUCGCCGCCUGUUUCCUGGGUCCAGUGCCCCAUCUGCCAAUUGCACUUUGCAGCAAGCGAAGUAGAAGAACAUGCUAGCUCAUGCGGGGAAGCUCUUCAGGACUGAGCCAGGCAGACCUGAGGUUUUAGCCCCAAAACUCUUGACAAAGACUGGAGAGGAGCUCAGUGGCCAAGAAGGGCCAGUAGUGCCCAGCCUCUGGCUCUGCCUCCCUCUACAGUGCCCUUGGGACUCUGCCUGAAAGGAGCUCUGGGCCCAGCUUGCUCACCUUUUCUAGUUGUCAAGGCUCUGUCUCCAUAGCACCCAAUUCUCAUAAGGACAGCUCUGUCUUUUUUAACCUUUGGAACUUCUAGAUAGAAUUGGUGAUCUCUCUUGGGCCUGGGGACGCUAGCCAGAAUGUCGUUCCCUCAAUGAGUAUUACACAUCCUCGUGCCCAUCUUCCUAAAAGGAAAACUGAGGCCCAACCAAAAACUGUUGCCAGAAAGAUAAGAUCCUGUGGUGAUCUGGGAAGACCAGAGUGAGUGUUGACCAUGAGACUGUCACCCAGAAUCCCAUGACCUUAACUUCCCAUAUUCUUUCUUCUAUUCUAGUUAUGUACAUUUGGUAGUAGAAUAAGUGCUUGCAUGGCAAGCAUCAAGGUCCUGAGUUCAAUCCCCAGUACCGAAAAAAAAUAAUAAAUUACAAUCCUAUUCUAGUUAUAAUUAGGUAAUGACUCUGCUGUGUGACUUUAGCAAGUAAUUUAUCGUGGUCCCAGAGUUAAACUCAGUAUCUGAGAGAAGCGGGCAUAGUAGCAUGCAUCCAGAGACCCAGCUACCUGGGAUGCUGAGACAGAUCACUCAAACCUAGGAAUUUAAGGCCAGCCGGAGCAACAGAGAGAAUCUGUGUCUCAAAAAGAAAAGCAGAAUGUUUUAUGUGUGCUUAUCGCUCCAGUUUUCAGGAGG